UUUCAGCAAUAUUGCUUACCAGAUGCUCCAUGAAUGAAGGCAUUACGGGUGGCACAGCUAGGAGAAGCGUAAUGUGUCUAUAGAAGUAGUAUAAUAGCCGGUCCGUCCAUCCUCUGCUGUCUUUUCCUCGGUUCCAAUGUGCGCUCUGGUUAUGUAUAUGUGUCUGGCCGUGAUUGUUCCACGGAAAUCGACACCAUAAGCACUAGAGUUCAUAUAUGCCGUAUCGUUUAUAUUUAAGCAAUCGAGCAAGCUUGUAACUCUCCUCUCACCUUAUUCAUCAAUAGUAUCACACAGCUGUCAUAAUGACUCCGGAUAAAGCCACUGAAGAGAAGAUUAUUACCGGCAAGGACCACCCACAUCACCACCUCUAUAGCACAUCCUUGGAUGAUGCCCUGCGUUUCUACGAAGCCGAUAAGAAGUUGGAUUUGAGCGAGAGAAAGGCUCUGUUCCGUACUUUCAAGGAAAUGGAAGAAGCUAUUCCGAAAUUUGUUGUUGCUCUUGGUAUUCUUACGGUCUUGCCAGCUGCUAGAACAUUUGCUCCUCAAUGGUAUAAGAAAAAGCCUUUCUUGACUCUUGGUGCCGGUGCCAUUGUGAUCUCCCUCUUAGCAAAGAAGCCAGUGGAAUGGUUAGCUUUCAAAUACGAGCUGUACCAAUUGCGUAAAGUGGAAAACAACUGCUACAACGUGAUGAAAGAGCUUGAAGAUAAGGACAUGUUGAAAUCAAUGCAGUACUACGAGGACACAAGCAAAGACCUUUCGUUGGUCUUGCAAGACCCAACAACACUUGAUCAGUUCAAGAAAUGAUGGCAAUAUUCUGAAUUCUCUU